GCGGCCGCUUCCCGCCGUGCGUGGGGCUGCAGUGAGCGAUUCCGACCUUCUCGGCUCACAUCUGCGUGGCAGUGAGGGCGCCGGAGAGGAGUGGCUGUGAGCUGGGCUCCCCCUUCCUCCCCCCCGCCAGGGUGACGUCUGUGUGGAAAAAUGUGCGUGUGCUGCGUCCCAUGCAGUGUGUCUGCCCGCUUCAUCCAUGGAGAUACGGUUUCUCAAUGCUCUCCCCAACUUAAAUUUAACUUUGUGUCCUGUAUGUCAGCUUGGAUGGAAAGAUUUCCCUGUCCCCUCAUUGCAGACAGCUCUGACCUUGUGUGGCUCCGCCGGGCUCUGCUGGUUUGGUCCCUGAGUGCAGCCCCCAUUCAGUGUCUUGCGGAGCAUAGGGUGCUUGCAAGUCUGCAAGCAAAGACAGAAUGAAGUCAAGACACAGUGGGUGGCUUUUCACUGCUGUUUGCCUGUUGGCCAGUUCUGACAGCCAAGUGCCAAGCUCUGGUACUUGAGCAAUGCCCCCUCCCUGAUCCUGUUGUGCUUUGCACCCCAUGUCCUGCUGCACACUGCAGAGCUGCAGGAAGGAGCAGUUGCUGCUGGCUGGGACUCGCCCUGUUCCUGCCAGCUGAGCAGGGGUGACUCUGGGAUGAGGGCCUGGUGCUGGCAAGGGCAAGAGGUGCGGGCAGGGAACUGCGCUCCUGGCUGCUCUGCAGCCCUUGCCAGGAGGUGCAGAGUGACGGCAUCCUGCUGAGCAAGGAUCAUCCUGCCUGCAGGAAGGGUCGGGGCGGGGAGCUGAUGGCAGGAGCAGAUCAGUCCCUUCCAUCGCAGCAGGGAUGCCUGCUCAUGCAGAAGCAGCUUUUUUGCGAAAGUCUGAGUCAACCCAUUCCCCUCCCUGCUGUGAGAGCUGAGGUGCUGCCUGCAGCCCUGUGGCACGCAGUCCAGCAGGGUGGGCCGCUUGGGGCAGCUGUGGGUCCCCAGAAUCAUGGCCCUGGUCCCCGCUGUCCGUACAGCAGUGGGGAGAGCUGGGCCGGUGGAAUUAAAUUCUGCCUGCAAGACUGACGCUGUGUCCUCCCAAAGGAUCAUCUUCUCUACCCCAUUUGCUGUCAUCUCCUACUUCCUCAUCUGGUUCGUCCCAGACAUCUCCAGAGGCCAAGUGAUGUGGUAUCUCAUCUUCUACUGCAUCUUCCAGACCCUUGUGACGUGCUUCCACGUGCCCUACUCGGCGCUGACGAUGUUCAUCAGCAGGGAGCAGAGCGAGAGGGACUCAGCCACUGCCUACCGUAUGACGGUUGAGGUGCUGGGCACUGUGCUGGGCACCGCCAUCCAGGGCCAGAUUGUGGGCAAGGCAGUUGCCCCCUGCAUCGAGAACCCCCCCUUCCUGAGUGAGAACAACUUCUCAGCGGCCAUAAGGAAUGUGAACAUGACCCACUACAGCGGCUCGCUGGCAGACACGAGAAAUGCCUACAUGGUCGCAGCGGGGGUCAUCGGGGGGCUCUACAUCCUCUGUGCUGUCAUCCUAUCGGUGGGCGUGCGGGAGAAGAGAGAGUCCUCUGAGCUGCAGUCAGAUGAGCCCGUCUCCUUCUUCCGAGGGCUGAAGCUGGUGAUGAACCACGGUGCCUACAUCAAACUCAUCACCGGCUUCCUCUUCACUUCACUGGCCUUCAUGUUGCUGGAGGGCAAUUUCGCCCUCUUCUGCACCUACACCUUGGGCUUCCGCAACGAGUUCCAGAACAUCCUCCUGGCCAUCAUGCUGUCAGCCACCCUGACCAUCCCCUUCUGGCAGUGGUUCCUCACCCGCUUUGGGAAGAAGACUGCUGUCUACGUGGGCAUCUCGUCCGCUGUCCCCUUCCUCAUCAUGGUGGUUGUCCUGGACAGUAACCUCGUCAUCACCUACAUCGUGGCGGUGGCGGCAGGGAUCAGCGUGGCAGCUGCCUUCCUCCUGCCCUGGUCCAUGCUGCCGGACGUCAUAGAUGACUUCAAGCUGCAGCACCCCGAAUCCCGCGGCCACGAAGCCAUCUUCUUCUCCUUCUACGUCUUCUUUACCAAGUUCACCUCUGGGGUAUCGCUGGGCAUCUCCACGCUCAGCCUGGACUUUGCAGGGUACCAAACACGGGGCUGCUCCCAGCCCAGCGAGGUGAACGUCACCCUGAAGCUGCUGGUGUCGGCCGUGCCUGUGGGGCUGAUCCUGCUGGGCCUGCUCCUCUUCAAGCUGUACCCCAUCGACGAGGAGAAGCGCAGGGAGAACAAGAAGGCCCUGCAGGACCUGAGGGAGGAGAGCAACAGCAGCUCGGAGUCGGACUCCACAGAGCUGGCCAACAUCGUGUGACCUGCAGCUCGCCCGCCUGCAGCACGGUGGGGCCGGGGGCCGCGGGCUGCCCGUAGUGUACAUUACACAGAUGGACCCGCGGAGCUGGAGCUGCUGUUCCCCGGCCCGGCAGAGUGCAGCCCCCUUCCGCGGCGGGGCCGGGCCGUGGUAGUGUACAUUACACUGUGUCCGUGCCAAGGGCAGCUCACCGCUGCGCUCUGUACAUACGACACUAAGUCAGGAAGCUGUUCUGUUUGUUUGGUUGGGUUUUUUAUAUAGAUGAUUAACUUAAUGGUGUAAAUAUUAAACUUUGCUAUUUGUA